CUGUGUGACUGACAGCCGGGAAGCCUCCGCCCAGAACCGCUCCAACCGGGCUGACCGCCUCCAGCUUCCACCCGCGACCAGCGGCUGCAGGAAUGACCGACAAUAUCCCGCUACAGCCCGUCAGGCGACCGAAGAGACACGACGGUAAACACAGAAAUGGGUGCUGCCCGUGGUCGAGAUGCUGUGGGAUGGGUGACUUCCGUCCCCGCACCGUGUGGCUUGGCCACCCAGAAAAAAGGGAGCAGAGGUACCCCAGGAAUGUCAUUAACAACCAGAAGUACAACUUCUUCACCUUCCUGCCGGGGGUGCUGUUCAAUCAGUUCAAGUACUUCUUCAACUUGUACUUUUUGCUCUUGGCCUGCUCUCAAUUUGUCAAAGAGUUACGCUUAGGUGCCCUCUACACCUACUGGGUCCCUUUGGGUCUUGUUUUGAUUAUCACCAUCAUGAGGGAGGCAGUUGAAGAAAUAAGAUGCUACCUUCGAGACAAAGAGGUGAACUCUCAGAUUUACAGCAAACUUUCAACAAGAGGCACAGUGAAGGUUAAAAGCAGCGGUAUUCAAGUUGGCGAUCUUAUAAUUGUGGAAAAGAACCAGCGUGUUCCUGCUGACAUGAUCUUUUUAAGGACCUCUGAAAGAAAUGGGUCCUGUUUCCUGCGGACUGACCAGCUGGACGGAGAGACGGACUGGAAACUACGCCUCCCUGUGGCAUGCACUCAGAGACUGCCAACUGCUGCUGACCUUCUCCAGAUCAGAUCCUAUGUGUAUGCAGAAGAGCCAAACAUUGAUAUCCAUAACUUUAUUGGAACUUUCACCAGGGAGGAUGGAGACCCACCAGUUAACGAAAGUCUCAGUAUUGAGAACACCCUGUGGGCCAGCACUGUUGUCGCCUCUGGCACAGUGGUGGGGGUUGUGAUUUACACAGGCAAGGAACUGCGCAGUGUCAUGAACACCUCCAACCCAAGACACAAGGUGGGUUUGUUUGACCUGGAAGUAAAUUGUUUGACUAAGAUCCUGUUUGGGGCCCUGGUGGUGGUAUCACUUGUCAUGGUGGCCCUCCAGCACUUCGCUGGCCGUUGGUACCUCCAGAUCUUUCGCUUCCUGCUGCUCUUCUCCCACAUUGUGCCCAUAAGUUUGCGUGUCAAUCUGGAUAUGGGCAAGAUGGUUUUCAGUUGGAUGAUUAAGAAAGACUCCAAGAUCCCUGGGACGGUGGUGAGGGCCAGCACCAUACCUGAACAGCUUGGACGCAUCUCCUACUUGCUGACUGACAAAACAGGAACUCUUACCCAAAACGAAAUGGUGUUCAGGCGUCUUCAUCUUGGAACUGUGGCAUACGGGAUGGACUCUAUGGAUGAAGUACAGAGCCACGUUUUCAGCGCCUACACACAGCCCACCCAUGAUGCUCCAGCCUCCAGGGCUCCAGCAGCCACUAAGGUCCGAAAGUCCAUCAUCAGUAGAGUUCAUGAGGCAGUGAAGGCCAUUGCCCUCGUGCACAACGUGACACCCGUGUACGAGUCCAACGGUGUGACCGACCAGGCCGAAGCUGAGCAGCACUAUGAAGACACAUGCAGAGUAUACCAGGCGUCCAGCCCAGAUGAGGUGUCGCUGGUGCAGUGGACUGAGAGCGUUGGGCUGACUCUGGUGGGAAGGGACCAGUCGUCCAUGCAGCUGCGGACCCCUACUGGCCAAAUACUGAACUUCACUAUCCUUCAGAUAUUUCCCUUCACCUAUGAGAGCAAGAGGAUGGGCAUUAUAGUGCGAGAUGAAUCUACAGGGGAGAUAACUUUCUACAUGAAGGGGGCUGAUGUGGUGAUGGCAGGCAUCGUCCAGUAUAAUGAUUGGCUGGAAGAGGAGUGUGGAAACAUGGCCAGGGAGGGUCUGAGGGUCCUUGUGGUGUCCAAGAAAUCACUGACUGAGGAGCAGUAUCAAGAUUUUGAGGCACGAUAUGUCCAGGCCAAGCUCAGUGUCCAUGACCGCUCUCUGAAGGUGGCCACCGUGAUUGAGAGUCUGGAGAUGGAGAUGGAGUUGUUGUGCCUCACUGGGGUGGAAGACCAGCUCCAGACUGAUGUCAGGCCCACCCUGGAGAUCCUUCGCAAUGCAGGCAUCAAGGUUUGGAUGCUGACAGGAGACAAGCUUGAAACUGCCACAUGCACCGCUAAGAACGCCCAUCUGAUCACCCGGAACCAGGACAUCCAUAUCUUCAGACCAGUGACAACACGAGGGGAAGCCCACCUGGAGCUCAACGCCUUCAGGAGAAAACAUGACUGCGCUCUGGUGAUAUCAGGGGACUCGCUUGAGGUUUGUCUGAAAUAUUACGAAUACGAAUUCAUGGAGCUGGCAUGUCAGUGUCCUGCUGUGGUUUGCUGCCGAUGCACCCCAACUCAGAAGGCUCAGAUAGUCCGACUGUUGCAAGAGCGCACGGGCAAACUCACCUGCGCUGUAGGGGAUGGAGGAAACGAUGUCAGCAUGAUCCAGGAAGCUGACUGUGGCGUGGGAGUGGAGGGAAAAGAAGGAAAGCAGGCCUCUUUGGCUGCCGACUUCUCGGUGACUCAGUUCAAACAUUUAGGCCGUCUCCUCAUGGUCCACGGUCGGAACAGUUACAAAAGGUCUGCAGCCCUCAGCCAGUUUGUCAUCCACAGGAGCCUGUGCAUCAGCACCAUGCAGGCAGUUUUCUCCUCUGUGUUCUACUUUGCCUCAGUCCCACUGUACCAAGGAUUCCUGAUUAUUGGCUACUCUACUAUCUACACCAUGUUCCCUGUUUUCUCUCUGGUGUUGGACAAAGAUGUGAAGUCAGAGGUUGCCAUGCUGUACCCAGAAUUAUAUAAGGAUCUCUUGAAGGGUCGACCACUAUCCUUCAAGACAUUUCUAAUAUGGGUCUUAAUAAGUAUCUAUCAAGGGAGCAUCAUCAUGUACGGGGCACUCCUGCUCUUCGAGUCAGAGUUCGUCCAUAUUGUUGCCAUUUCCUUCACCUCUCUUAUCCUGACCGAGCUGCUGAUGGUGGCUCUGACCAUUCAGACGUGGCACUGGCUCAUGAUAGUUGGGGAGCUCCUGAGCUUGGCGUGUUACGUCGCCUCACUCGUGUUCCUGCACGAGUUCAUAGACGUCUACUUCAUCGCCACGGUGUCGUUCCUGUGGAAGGUGACUGUCAUCACGCUGGUGAGCUGUCUGCCCCUGUACAUCCUCAAGUACCUACGCAGACGCUUCUCUCCACCCAAUUACUCCAAGCUGACCUCUUAAACUCUAAGAGGAGUCUCCGGCCUUGUUUACUGUGGGAAAACAGAAAGGUGUCCCUGUCUACAUCCUGCAAAGCCUGCACCUAGACCACAGAAUCAGAUAUGGAUUAUUCCCCUUUAGUUUGUUUCUGAAAAGCUCUCCUUAAAAACGUAAAGGUGGACAGAUUUGACUUGGACAGAUUGUUUAUUGAGCGGGAGCGUUUGCAUCAGCUAAAAAGAAGUUUUAGUUGCUAUCUGUGUUUGAUGCAAGGACUAACUGAAGAGUGUAGAAAACCAGAUUCAGCUGGUUUAAGUAAACUUAUUUCUUUUGCGCUGUCUGUUCAGCAUUAAGAUAUAAAGGUCCUGAACACAAAUUUAAACAAUAAAAAUUCUGUUUGGUAAAUUAUGCAGGUCCAAUUUAGUUUAAAAUGUCAAAAAUCUCAUCAGGAAAGAAAGAAAAGUUCUGUCGAUGUGUCAUUUGGGCUUGAAAUUUGCUCUAAUUUCCAUUUCCGUCUAAAAUAGCAAAACUGUUUUUAUUUCAAGGACCUGAAAUUGACGUAGCAUUCUCACUCAGGACUUGAUUCACAUUCUCCUCAAACAGGGAUUUCUAAAUGGAGUUUGAGAAUUACAUGGUUAAAAGAGAAGUUUACUGGCUAGACUUUGCAUAAAACACACGUCUGCAAGUUUGUGUAUUUGUUUAUGCGUCACCCCGAAGCUGCAGCCCAAAACGGCGGAGGUGGUGUGGUGGUUUAUUUUAGCAUGACCCGUGAUGUCUGAUGUUAAAUCUGUCCUUGUCUUUGUAUGGACCCUGAGUUGUUAGUGUUAGUGGAGCACGGUCAAAACAGCCACAAAGGACUGUUGGUUAUUUGCAGUCGAAACCUUCCACGCAGCCUCUAAUGUGGCCGUUGGGGCAGGCCAGCACCGGCUACGCUUCAGCAUUGCAUGGUGACUCACUGUAACAGUGACCUAAAGCCAUAACUGAAAAUACCCUGGUGACCAGCUGCCCUCUUUCAUGCUGUCUAAUCCAGGGCCCCCUCACUUCUCACUGCUACUAACCUCCACAGUUCGGCUGUGACAUAAAAAAAAGGGAUCAAAUCACAACUGCUCAGUAAAAUACAAUGUGAAUAUUGUCAAUAAGUAUUACUACUGCACACUGAAAGAAAAACUGAUACGAUGCUACACUCCUCAUGUUUCAUUUCAUUGUAGUGUGAUGACGGACUGUAAAUAGUUAGCAGCUUCCAGAAAAACACAGCCACACUGUCACUUAUUUCAAAUUGAUUCUAGUUUUUAACAAACUCAUAAUGUUUCUCUUGCGACUUGAUGAACUUGAUGUGUCAAACAGAGCGUCCAGGGUGCCAUAAUGACUCACUUCUUUCGUAUGCUAAACAGAAGUUUUAUCCCCCACUGAAUUCAGCAAGCUGUUUGCACAGAAUUUUGCUUUGUACAGCUGUUGAGUAUAUUUUUAUGUUGUAAUAGAAGUGCAAAGCAUAAUUAAUGCUAAAAUGAUUCGCUUGCUUGUAAAUAACUUGUUUUUUUCCUUUAUUUAUUAACAUGUUUUAUUUAAUGAUGUCGAUUGCACUCAUGAGCAGAACAAAAAGGGAGAAUUGUGCUGAUGUCAAUGUUGUGAUGAUGAUGAUUAAUAAAUAUCAUGUUUUCUUUUA